AUUUCAGGCACAUGGCGAAACAGAAGUACGCUUUGUAAACGGUCUAUUCACUUAUGUUAGCUUCUUAGUGAUUCUAAUUUCCGGAAUCUUCAUCCUUCCAUUGAUCUUCCUUUGGGUACCAUUUUGCUUGGAAACAUUUAAGGAUGUACAGCAUUAUUGCCCAAGCUGUAAAGCCUGGAUAGGAACCUAUCGAAGACUUGGCAAAAGUACUUAG